CAGGAGGCUAUACAAAUAAAAUAAAAUUGAAAUUAAUGUUCCACAUGCUUUAUAUCCGCAUGCAUAAUAAUCAAAAUAAUUAAACUCGUGGUGAGAACAUUCAAAGUGAUUUUAAAGGGAACAAAAACUUUCAGCUUUUUUGCUACAAACUUCUAAAAGUUCGUCUUACAAGAACAAAAAUAAAUCUCCGUCAAACUAAAGGAAAAGCUUUCGUGAGGUUUGAUCUUUCAUUCUUCUUCUUGACCUGUCUGGCAGACACUUGUGCGCAUGCGCUCAUCCAUAACCCGGAACUGCGCUCCGCAGCGGGCUGUGUUUGUUUUGGGGACGGUCAGCCGACAGAAACGAUGCAGCUUCACUUCACUAAAGACGUUUUACCGGACUCUGUCGGCACCGACUUCCAGAACCUGAACAAGCUGAACGAGCAGCAGUUUCAUCGCCUGAUUGAAAUUCUGUUCCAGUUCCUCCUGGAGCCGAAAGAGACAGAGAGGUUCAUGCAGCAGCUCACUGAGUUCGCGGGGGAACAUGGGAUGAGCGCCGGGCCUCUGAGGAACCUGAUGAAGAGCGUCCUCCUGGUGCCGCAGGGAGCCCUGAAGAAAAACCUGACAGGCGAGCAGAUCAAAGAAGACCUCCUGACAUUAGGACUGAGCGAGGAAAAGUCGGCUCACUUCUCACUGCAGGUAAGUGAAGUAGUGCUAAAGGUAAAUGGAAAGCUGCUUAUGCAGCGCUUUUCUGCCUCAUUCACACAAGCGUGCUGUUUCUAAGUGCUUCCUGUCUGA